CUACCCCUCCAUUCCCCUGUUCCUCUUCUCUCCCUCUCCCCUGCUGCCUGCCCCCUUUCCUGAUAGACGACGCCGCACGACGCACCAGCCACCAACCGAACCCCCUACUCGUAGCUGAUUAGGAGAGAGAGGAGGACGUCCAGCGUGGCUACGUGAGGAGUUUCCUUCGUAAGCUGUUCGUAGGAAAAAUUUUGUACGCAUAGAUUUUUCCUCCAAGGAACAACCCCGACCCGAGCGCCAGGGUCCCGUCCACCCCGCUCGCUCGCUCGCCGCCUCGCCUCUGCGCCGCGUCCGGCCGCCGGGAGCGGGCCGGGAACCUCCCAGUUAGCACCCUCCCCGCAGAUCCGUUCGGUUUCCCUUAGCCUGGUUCUUGGGGUUAUUGGGAUUUCGAGGGUUUCUGUCCCGGUGGUUCAAAUAUUCCAAUUUGGGAGCUUUCGGUGGGCGGCUUCUUGGUUCUUGGGAGGGAGAGGCGCUUCGGUUCUUGGAUGAGCUGUAAAGAAUUGGGAGCAAGACGGCGUGAUGUUUACUCCGCAGGGAAAGGGGUGGACCGGGUGGUCGACGCCGACUCCGGCGAACCAGCGGAGCGGCGGCGGUGCUCCGGCCGCGUCGGCGCCUCUUGGAAAGGGGAAAGGAAUGGUUGCCGAGCUUGAACAGGAGCUACAUGAAUAUCAGUACAAUAUGGGUCUGCUCUUAAUUGAGAAGAAAGAGUGGGCAGCCAAAUUCGAGGAUGUUAGUCAAGCACUGACACAGAAAGAUGAGGUUUUGAAGCGGGAGCAAGCUGCACAUUUGAAUGCUAUAUCAGAAUACGAAAGGCGGGAGGAGAACAUGCGGAAAACAAUGGGUGUUGAGAAACAAUGUGUAGCUGACCUUGAAAAGGCACUUCGAGAGAUUCGUGCAGAGAUAGCUGAGGUUAAAUUUAUGGCUGAGAAAAAGAUUACUGAUGCUCAGUCUCUUGAAGCUAGUUUGGAGGAAAAAUCCUUGGAGAUCGAGGGAAAGCUUCAUGCUGCAGAUGCCAAGCUUGCAGAGGCAAACCGUAAGAAGUCACAAGCUGACCGGGAUUUAGAAGAGAUUGAAGCUCGUCAACGGAGACUGGAAAAGGAGAAACUGUAUUUUGAGACUGAGCGGAAGGCAAGAGAAAAGCAAUUCAAGGAGCAGGAAGAAUCACUUCAGGACUGGGAGAAAAAGCUUAAGGAAAGUCAGAAUAGACUUGUUGAUUUGCAGAGAUCCAUAAAUGACCGAGAGGAGAGAGCAAACAUGAAUGAUCAGCUUUUGAAGAUAAAACAAGAAGAACUAGAGGAUGCAAAAAAGACAGUGGUGGCCACUAAAGUUACUCUGAAGGUUAAAGAAGAUGAUAUUAAUAAAAGACUAAAUGAAUUAGAUUCACUGGAAAAGGAUGCUGACUCAAAGUGCAGGGCAUUGGAAGAAAGAGAAAAAAGAUUGGUUGAGUGCGAAGAAAAGGCCAAUGUGAGAGAAAAAGUGGGGCUUCAGAAGCUUCUUGAGGAUCAUCAGGUGGAGCUUGGAUCCAAAAAACGGAAUUUUGAAUUAGAACUGGAGAGGGAGAGGAAAUCCUUUGAUGAUAAGAUCAAACAGAAGGAAGUGGAUUUGGUGCAAAGGGAGAAAGAUUUCAAAUCUUUGGAGGCUGAACUUUCUAAAAGUGAGCAGGCAUUGAAUGAUAAGAAGAAAAAACUGGAAGGUUUGCAGAAUGAUCUUGAUACCAAAUCCACAGCUCUGAAGAAGUGGGAGGAAUCACUAAAAAAUGAUGAGAAAAAGUUACAGCAAGAAAAGCAGCAAUUGGACCAUGAAAGAGAGCAAGUUGAGAUGUACAAAUCAGAGCUUGAAAGAAUCAAAUCUGCAGUAGAAGCUGAAAAGGAAAGAAUAUUAGAAGAGCAGAACAAUCUGACACUCACAGAGGAAGAGAGGCAGGAGCAUAGUGCGCUGAAAGAAAAACUUAAGAAGGAAAUUGAUGAAUAUAGAAUGCGAAGCAAUUCCCUCUCGGAGGAAAUUGAAGAUUUGAGGAAGCAGCGGCAGAAGUUUGAAGAAGAGUGGGAACAGCUAGAUGAAAAAAGAGCUCACCUAGAAGAGGAGGCCCAGAUGUUAAACAAUGAGAGGAUGAAUUUAGGAAGGUGGCGUGACAGUGAAGAAAAGAGAUUAAAUGAUACAAAGCUCGAAAUGGAAGAAAAAUUCAAGGAACAGCAGGAGAAUCUGGAACGCAAGGAAAAAGUUUUGAAUGAUGAUAUAAUGCACAAGCGAAUGGAGAAUGACGAAUUUCUGAAGGGAGAACGUGCUGAUCUGCAGCGUAAGUUGCAGCUUCAUCUGCAUGAACUGGAGAUGGAUAUGGGGCAAAAACAAGCAAGUAAAGAGAAGGAACUGGAAGAUAAGGAAAAUGAGUUAAAUAAUAAAAUGGAUUUUGUGGAAAAUAAACUCAGACAUGCGAUUGAGUUGAAUGAGUCCAAGAUCCAGAAGAUAUUGUUGGAGAAAGAACAGCUGCGGAAGGAAAGAGAAGUUCUACUGGCGGACAGACAAAAAUUGGAAACUGACAAGGCAGAUAUUAGAAAAGACAUCGAUAGUCUUCACAUGCUGAGCCAGAGUUUGAAGCUCCGUCGAGAAACAUAUAACAGGGACAGGAAUAACCUCAUCGAUUUAUUUGAAAAGUACAAGGUGUGCAAAAACUGUGGGAUUUCUAUUUUUGAGGGAUUAGAUUCUCUGGCUCUUAAAGACAGCGUUGAAAUUGAGCACCCCAGUUUGGCUGUUGAGGGAGAUGAUCAUUCCUUGAACGCCGAUACAUUAGCACCAGGUACAGGAACCCUUGUUAAUUCAGGUGGUCGUUUAUCUUUGUUACAGAAGUGUUCGAGGCUUUUCAAGUUCUCUCCGAGAAAAAAGGGUGAGCAGUCAUCAGAACAGCCAGCAGAGAAGAACAUACCUUUUGGUGCAAGGCUGGAGGAAGCAUCACAGAGUGAUGGAGAUUGUGAGCCAACUCCUAUCUAUGAGAUAGCACAUGAUUCUUUUGAUGCAGAAGAUCUCCCUUCUGACAGUGGAGCAAGGGGAAAUGAAGAGUCUGAAAGGCAUGACAUAGCAGAUGAUGUCCAGAUGGAGUCUUCUGUUGGUGUAGCAGAUAAUUGUAUAGAUAUUCUUGGUGCUCAGUCGUUUGAUGGUACUAAUGACAUGGCAGUUGAUGCAACUAUUGCCUCUGUUGAUCAAAAUGGAAAGGACUCUGCAGCUCCUGCUGAAGCAGAUUUACAGCCUGAAACGUCGAAGCAAGGCCGGCGCCAACUAAACAGGAAGGGUAGAGGAAAAGGUGGUGUGAAAAGGACACGAUCUGUUCGUGCUGUAGUUGAAGAUGCUAAAGUGAUACUUGGCGAGAAUUUUGAGGAGAAGAAUGAUGGUCAGGGAAAUUCAGUUGCGGUGGGUGGUACACGGAAGCGGCGGUUUGCUGGAGCUACAAUAAGUGAACAAGAUGAAGAAGGCAGCGAAGCACAUUCAGAAAGUGUUUCACUUGGAGGGCGGGGUCGCAAGAGGCGGCAAACUGCUGAGGCAGUGGCGCAAGUCCCGGGAGAAAAGCGGUACAAUUUGAGACGCACUAGAGUUGCAAAUGCAGCCGCCACAACAGUCCAAGCUGACAAAAGGAAAGCUGCAAAGGCAGGAAGUAAAGACACGGUAGAAGCCGCUGCUGAUGACACAGAAGGAAUCUCAAAGGUCGUGGAACCUGCCACCGGGAGCAAGAGGGCAUCUGACUCUGCUGAUUAUGGUGCAUCACAGUUGCACGAGUUUUCCCAGGGUGAAGUUGGUGAUGCCCACCCUCCUGUAGAGGGCGCCAGUGAGGAGGAUGGUGAUACUGUGAAUGAUGUAUUACCAGAUGUGCCUAUGACGCCAUCUGGAAGUGAGCUCGGGGCAGAACAGGAUGAUGAUGAGGAUGAUGAUUCUGAGAGGCGAAACCACUCAAUCAGCAAAAAGCUAUGGUCUUUCUUCACUACAUGACAAUUGCAGAGGGGGCUGAAUAUUUUGUUUCUGGCUUUUCUGCUUUCAAUUCAUGAUAUCGCAUUCUUGGGAACUGUAGGGCGUGUGCUUGGUGAUGAUGCACUACUAGAUUUUCCACUUUAUUAUGUUUGUCAUGUAAUUGGAAUAUAUUUGUGGUAGACAUAGCUUGAUGGCGCUCACAGAAGUAGCUGAUGAUGAGUUGUACAAUGGCAAUUAUGCCUGUAACACCAGUAGCUUGGUUUGUAAUUGAUGUUCCUUUUGCCAGGUUCAGAUUACUUGGUUGACCU